CCCGCCCCUUCACACCAUCACAGCCCACCCCACCGCGCCGCCUUCUCCUAGCUCCGACACAGCGGCAGCCCCCUCUGCGCAGAGUCAACAAGUCAAGCCUUUCUCAAGCCCAGAGCAGGGUAGACGCCCGGCCUGACCAGCUCGGGGCAGCACCCUCGGCCUCCGGUGAUAGCCACUAGCCAGCCGCGUCUCGGCGAGGAAACAGCGGGAGCUGGCUCAAGCGAUUGCCGGCCGGCGUUCUACUACUAUGAGGAACGGCAGCACCGUGUGCGACGCGGCGGCGGCUGUGGGACUGGGCGUGGCGCCGCGGUACAGGGGCGUGCGGAAGCGGCCGUGGGGCCGGUUCGCGGCGGAGAUCCGGGACCCGGCCAAGCGGGCGCGGGUCUGGCUCGGCACCUACGACUCCGCCGAGGCCGCCGCCCGCGCCUACGACGUCGCCGCGCGCACCCUCCGCGGCCCGCUCGCCACCACCAACUUCCCCCACGACCUCGUCUCCUUCCCCACGCUCCCCGCGCUGCCGCGUCCGUCUCCACCGGCUUCCCCCGGCCCCGCCUGCAGCGCCAGCUCCACCGUCGAGUCCUACAGCGGGCCCAGGGCGGCGAACGCGCCUCGGGCCGUGCCGCGCGCGCCAGCGCCGACGCCCUUGCUGGCGAAGCUCCCAGGCGGCGACGCAGGAUGCCAGAGCAACUGCGCCUCCUCGGCCUCCGUCGUGGACGACGCCGGCGACGAGGCUGCCUCGGCCGUCGUCCGGCCGCGCGCGCCCUUCGUGUUCGACCUCAACCUCCCGCCGCCGUCGGACGAGCUGUGCACGGAGCUGCGGCUCUUCUAGGACGGAUCCACCGGACCCGGAUCGCCGGACGAGCUGUGCGCCAAAGCUAGCGAUUUUAAUUUUUUCUUCUAUUCUUUUUCCUCCUGAUUAGAUUAGACAGAUGAUGUGUGCAAGAGAAGACCGAUUGUACCACCAGCACUACUACUAUUCUUUACGCGAUAAGAAUUGCGGUUGAUUGAUUGA